AUGGCAUUUUCUGGGGCGUUGACACUCACAGAUCUCAACGACUUUAUCACUCCAUCGCAAGCAUGCAUCAAACCCGUAGAACAAAGCACGCCGGUCCCCGAUGCCGCUGAACCAGGUGCCGCAUCGACGCAAAUACACAUAGACUCAUCAGGAUCUUAUUACGAAGUUGGCUCUAAAAAGCAGCCUGUGCGCAAGUUAGAGCGAGCGGAAAUAACGCUAAACGACUGCUUGGCCUGCAGCGGCUGUAUCACCUCAGCCGAAUCUGUCCUCAUCACUCUUCAGUCACACACCGAGGUCAUGUCGUUCCUGGAGAACAAUCCUCCGCCGACUUCAUCCUCGCAUAAAACACCUGUACUGUCAAUUGCUCCGCAGAGCCUUGCUUCACUCGCAGCGUCCAUAUCUUCCUCUUCCUCAUCGCCACACGUGUCUUUGCAGGCUGUUUUGCGCCGCGUACAGGCUUUUUGCGGGACCUUGGGGUUCGAGCACAUAUAUGACACUACCUUCGCAAGGCAUGUCGCUCUCCUCGAGCAUGCCCACGAAUUCUCUGAGCGCAAAAGAUCGACUGGGGAAGGGCAACUGCCGAUGCUCGCUAGCGCUUGCCCUGGAUGGGUCUGCUAUGCCGAGAAGACGCAUGCGGAAAUGCUACCUUUCAUCAGUCGUACGAAGAGCCCUCAGCAAGUCAUGGGUACCCUAGUCAAGGAAUGGCUUGCGAAGUCAUGGAACAAAACGCCAGACAUGGUCUACCACGUCGCGGUCAUGCCGUGCUACGACAAGAAGCUUGAAGCCUCAAGGCAAGACUUCUACAACGACGUAUUCAAGACCCGAGAUGUCGACUGCGUUAUUACCACCGGCGAGCUUGAACUGUUAAUGCGAGAGAAGGGGUGGGAUCUGUCUGCACCCGUUAAAGGCGAGGCUGAAGGUUCGCGAUCCGCCGCUACAGAGGACCAGAUCCCAGAAUUGCUAUCUCAUCCUGGCUCGAGUUCUGGGUCAUAUCUGCACACACUGAUCUCGGCGAUAACCCGCGGUUCCCCCGCUGCUGCUUCUCCGGGCAACGUGCAGCUCGAGGGGCGACGUGAGAUCGGUGGCACUGAUUCCGUCCCAUACGCAUCCGAAGUUGCAGUUUCUGGCGGUCGACCUACGCCACCCGAUGGGAACGACGGAGGCGAAUACGAGGUGUCGUCCAAGAUCAUGCGCAACACCGACUUUGAAGAAUACACCGUGACGCGAAGGAGCACGGGCGAAGUGAUGUUCCGCGGCGCGAGAUGUUACGGCUUCCGUAACCUCCAGAACGUUGUUCGCAAAGUCGGUCGUGAUGCGGGAGUACAAGUAGGCCGCGGCGCCGCGGGACGAUUAACCGGUGGUGUCCGUGGCAGAAGACGCGGUGCGGUCUCUGCAGCUGGUGCGGACGGAGAAAAGGAGCGCCCGUACGACUAUGUGGAAGUUAUGGCAUGCCCGGGAGGUUGCGUCAACGGCGGCGGUCAGCUGAGGCCUCCAGCACCUCAGCCUCAGUUUGACGCAGAGGGUUACAAGCGAGACUGGGAAGCCAACGGCGCCAAAGUCGACGAUGGGCAGCUGAGGACGCAAGGGUACGCCGGCAAGUGGGGCGACAAGGAGUGGACGCGCAAGGUCGAAGAGACGUAUUGGCAUGCAUUACCCACUCCCCCUCAAUCGCCGACAGAUGGCGAUGGGACCUCGCACUCGGCCGUGGACGGUGUGUCCCGGAAACCAACAUCAACCGCGGAGGCCGACCGUCUCGCCCAUCGCGUGCUUGUGGAUAUGUGUCGACCGAAGACCAUCAUCGAGGGCGCAAGCCUCUGGGAGAUUCGCAUGGACGACGAGGCCGAGGCGCGAAGACGAGAUCUCUUCCGGACGCAGUAUCAUGCGGUCGAGAACGAGGUCAUUGGUCUGGCAGUCAAGUGGUAGGCAGGGACUAGGCUUUCACGGGAAAGCCAGCUCCGCGCAUCCACAUACCGCCCGCGCGGCGUUACUGCGUCUUGCACAAGGCGCCGCGGUUAGCAGUCGAGAUGCAGAACCCUCCGCGGCAUCCCCCGUGUGUAUCCCAUCCAAAGGGGGAAAGCCAAUGCAUGCCACGGCCCAUAGCUUGCUCCUUGCCUACCUGAAUCACUCUUGCACCUGGUGGCGACCUCGGCUCUUCCAGUCGUCGAGCGCGUGAUAUCGCCUGCAUGAAUGACCGUCACCGUCUAGACUGGGAUGAAGUGAACUUCCGAUACCUUCGAUGGACGUGUACGGAGGUCUCUUCGCUGGGUAUGGUGAGACGGGUACGCACGGAAACGACAGCAACAGCCUCGCAACAUGUUCGCAGGUCUUCUGCUUUCCCAGUUGUCGAAGUGCUUCUUGAGAGCCGAG